AUGAGUGCAAGUUUAAAUGGUGGUGAUCCACGUACUUAUAAAAAAAUUGAAGAUAAUAAUGAUACAAGUACUAAUUAUCAAAGUCAAUUAAAUACAAAUAUCUCAUCAUUAAAUAAUACAAGUGCAAUGAAUAGUGUUUCUUUUACCAGUACUACUACUACUAAUAUACAACAAACAAAUGUAUCUGAAUCAGCGAAUAAUCAUGAUGAUGCAUCCUGA